GCGGCGUCAUGCAGAGCCGAUCAUUGUCUCUCUCACACUUUCUAACUAGCCAUUUCACAACAUCCAGACAGCGGAUCGGGCCGUACGCAGCAGCAUCAGCAGCACAGGCAGUAACAGCAGCAGCUUUGCCCUCAGGGCUUUUUUCUUCCCAGUCGUCGACCAUAACUAACAAUUUGGAUCCAGCGCGCGGAUGAGGGCAAUUACUGGACUUAAUCUAUCAUAAUGUCUCCUUUCCGAUCGACCGAUAGUCAGAUAAGUUAAGGCAAUGGCUGCAGAGAUCUGAGUCCCCCCUCCUUUGGGUGCGAGAAGUGGCUGUUUAAAUGAAUCCCAACUAACAAGAGAGCUUAAAAAAAAGCACUUUCAUUUCACCGAGACGCAGAUCGGUGGACACCAUGCGCACAUUUGCGGAUUUAACACUCAGAAAGCCGCUGGGUGCGUUUGAUUUCGGAUUACAGUGACACACAGGACGAGUUUUUUUUUUUUUUUAAAGAAAGGGGGAGAUUUUUUAAGGAGUCUGCUUCCUCUCGCUCCUGUUCGCUGUGUCCUGCAGGACUCCCUGAGUCGCGGAGAGCCCAUGCAGUCGCCAAGGGAGAGGAGUGAAGUGCGACCCCGAGCUGGAUGGAUGGUUAUGGGGAAAAGAGGAAGACCCUCGGCGCUUGACGUGUGCAGAGUCCUCGCGGUGUUUCUCUCACUCUUCCCCUCCGUGACUCUGCAGUGCAAGAUCCUCAAGUGUAACUCCGAAUUUUGGGCCUCCACCUCGAACUCUGGACCGGAGGAGGAGUUUUGCACGGCGCUGCGUGCGUACAACAGCUGUGUACGCCGAACUGCACGUACCUGCAGGGGGGACUUGGCGUACCACUCCGCCCAGCAUGGCAUAGAGGAUCUAAUGAGCCAGCAUAACUGCUCCAAGGAGGGGCCGACAUCUCAACCACGUGCCCGCACCCCACUUCCUCCUCCACCCCCGCCAGUCCUCCCCGACAGCCAGGAACGCUCAGAUGGCCCGGAAGUGUGCCACUAUGAGCGCAGUCUUCCGCGCAACACGGCGCCACCCAACUACACCCACUGUGGCUUCUUUGGAGACCCGCACCUGCGAACAUUUGGGGACGACUUCCAGACGUGUAAGGUGGAAGGAGCCUGGCCGCUUAUCCACAACAAAUACCUGUCUGUACAGGUGACCAACACUCCUGUGGUGCCGGGGUCUUUGGCCACAGCCACAAGCAAGCUGACAAUCAUCUUCAAGAACUUCCAGGAAUGUGUGGAUCAGAAGAUGUACCACGCAGAGACAGACGAGCUGCCGGCUGCGUUUGCAGAUGGCUCCAAGAAUGGAGGGGAUCGGCACGGAGCGAACACCCUACGCGUGGUGGAGAAGGUUCCUGGGCAGCAUGUGGAGAUUCAGGCCAGGUACAUCGGAACAACCAUAGUGGUGCGGCAGGUAGGCCGCUACCUGACCUUUGCCGUGCGGAUGCCAGAGGAAGUCGUGAACUCGGUGGAGGAAGGCGACAACCAGGACUUGUACCUGUGUCUUCAUGGCUGUCCCGCCAACCAGCGCAUCGACUUCAGGAACUUCAAGGCCCGAGCGGUGGAGGCCCACAGCGCGGGCAGGAGCAGGAGCGGCACUGCGGCACAUGGCUUCACCUACCAGUCCGCCAAGGCCAAGUGCAAAGAGCGGCUCCCAGUGGAGGACCUGUACUUUCAGUCCUGUGUGUUUGACCUCCUCUCCUCUGGAGACAUUAACUUCACCAUGGCAGCCUACUACGCCUUUGAGGAUGUAAAAAUGCUCCACUCAAACAGCAAGAGGUAUCACAUCUUUGAAAAGGAUGCUUUCAUGAGAAACGCAGCACAGACGGGCAAAGAUUUUCUUUCACUCCUCUUCCUCAACCUCCUCGCUGUCUUAUUGUGGAUUGAGUGUUGCACAGUUCAUCUAUAGUCCCUUUACAACAGUAUCCUUGUGGUGUAUCUGUCAGUGAGUGUUAGAGUAUCAUCGCUGUGUCGUACAUCGGCUCCUCUCUUCUGCUCUGGCUCUGUGAUGUGACCGGUGGCUUGCCAGCAGCGCAGUCGCUGCCCUGAGUCUCAUUUUAGUAGUAUUGUCAUGUCUUGACUUUAGUCUAAUGACGAGGCGAGGUCACCGUGCUCCCCACCUAUCAUCACGUGCAUUUAGCUGCUUCAUAGGACUGGGCUUUGAUGAGAGCAGCGGUGAGAGAGCCUCAGCUACUCCAGAGCUCAGGAUAUCCACCUGGGAUUAAAUCCCACAUUCUCACCGGGCCUGCAUGCCUAUGGGAAGCCGGACAAGAUGAUCUUUUGCAGAAAGAAGAGUUUGCUGAUCCUCCCUCCCCCCUGAUCCACUCAUUGGUGCCAAGCCAGUGAAGCUCUCCGUGGCUCAUGUGGCGAAGCGAGAGGACCUGACAGGGGCUUUUGUUAACCUAAGGCCAGAAGCAGCUCUAUGUUUGAUUAGUUUCCAGCUUUGGAAAAGCCUGAGCCUUUUGGAGGAAGCACUCAGCCAAAAGGAUGUCAGAGCAGCGUCUCCAGUUGUCUGCUGUGGAGAUUAAUGGGUCAUAUUGUUAGGUUAUGUGUGCGUAUGUGUGUGUGUGUGCGCAUUAGUACAACAUGUGUGCAGAAUUCAGCGUCUGUGGUUAAUUUUGUGUGAUUGUGGGUGCAGGAGUUCCCAGAAAUGAGAUAACAAAACCUCCAGUGGGAGAAACCUUUUCCAUGUCUUUCCAUUGCUCCCAAAAUCUUUCAGAAAUAGAAAAGCUGAGACCCUCCACGGUCUGUCAAAAUGGCUCUUAUCAGCCAAGUAGCAAGUCCCAAAAGAGAACUGAUAAAAAUAAUCUGCUUUCAUUUCCAGUGUCAUAAAGACUUUCACUCCAUUGUUUGAGCCGAUGUGCUGAUCACACCGUGUUUUGUAUCCGUAAUGUGAAUGUAGCUGACGAGACAAGCAAAAGAACAAACUAAGCUAAGGGCACUCAUAGCGUUUACAGAAUGUAGAUCAACCAAUCAAACUACGACACCUCUUUGAUAGCGUUUUGUAAAGCGAACUCUCCAUUUCAAGUCUCAGCGGUGUAGAUACUGUUAGUGCUAGCUGUAACAAUGUCACCUCGAGUCAGCUCGGCGUUUUAUAGACUACCAGUGUGCUGACCUGACUGUGGCUUAGUGCGUAAAUGAUAAGCAUAUGUCUGUAGACGUGAUUUCAUGGCUUAAGUCAUUGCCAAAGAACAAGCCCUUGUGCCAACUCUUCCCUUACAACUGAAUUUCCAGCUUUCAGUCUUAAACAGUUCACAUUGGGGUGGGUA